AUGGUUGGACGUGCUAGAGGUCGUGGACGAGGGAACCAAGCCCAACACACAGAGAUGGCUGAGAUGCGGCGUAUGAUGGAAGACUUGUCGAGAGCGGUGCAAGCCCUCCAACGACAGGAACGCGCGGAUGCCUAUAUGGAGAUUCCGGAACGCAACCGCGGACCCUUACACAUACCGGAAGGUGGUGAUGAGGAUGAAUAUGAAGACGAGACGGACGUCGACAACCCUUUUCAUAACGCUGGAAACCAUGGUGAUGGUGAUAGAGGUGGAUUGGAAGAGCGGUUGGUUCGUGCGUUGGAUUUGAAUGGUGGAGGAAUUAAAAUUGAAGUUGCUGAUUUCUAUGGAAAGAUGCAUGCCGAAGAUUAUUUGGAUUGGGAAGCAAGCCUAGAGAAUUAUUUUGAAUGGAAGCCUAUGACAGAUGAUCGUAAAGUGUUGUUUGUAAAGCUUAAAUUGAAGAGCAUCGCGCUUCAAUGGUGGAAGAGAGUUGAAGAGCAGCGUGUUCGACAAGGAAAACAGAAGAUCAACACAUGGGAUCAUAUGAAAGCCAAGUUACGCAAGCAGUUUCUACCAGCUGAUUACACUAUGGAAUUAUAUGAACGGUUUCAUAACCUAAAACAACGCGACAUGUCUGUUGAAGAAUAUACGUCUGAGUUUGAUAAUCUUUCGCUUCGCGUUGGUUUGAAUGAGACUAAUGAACAGAUGACUUCUCGUUACCUUUCUGGUUUGAAUCAAACCAUUAUAGAUGAGCUGGGGGUGGUUCGCUUGUUCAACCUUGAAGAUGCUCGACAAUAUGCCUUAAUGGCCGAACGUCGACAAGUGCGACGUGGAGGAAGGAGAGUUGUUUCUGGACGCAUAGAUAAUUAUUGGCAGAGAAAUACAACAGCUGUUCGUGGGGUUCGAAGCGAACAAGGAGGCCGAACUGGUGGUAGGAACAUGAUGGGCGUUGAUAGGAGUGAAAAAGGGAAGGAAGUUGCAAAAUUUGGGUCUCAAAACACUGCUGUUCCACGCAAUCCUAGGGGUGACAGUACAUCACAAGUGCGUUGUUACACAUGUGGUGAGAAGGGGCACACGUCUUACGGUUGUCCACAAAAAAGGGUGAAUUUGGCAGAGUAUGAAGAUGAGAUAACUGAUUUUCCUGAACCAACCUAUGACAAUUUUGGUAAUGAGGAGGAAGUUAUUGAUCUAUUACCAGUUGAAGGAGAAUCUUUGGUGGUCAGACGAGUGAUGACAACUCCCAAAGUUGAGGAAGAAGAUUGGCGGCGUCAUAAUAUAUUUCGAACACGAGUCCAAUGUGGGGGAAAGGUGUGUAACGUGAUCCUUGAUGGAGGAAGUAGUGAGAACAUCAUCUCAAAGGAGGCAGUGGAAAAACUUAAGUUACCGAUUGAGAAGCAUCCUAAUCCCUACAAGGUUGCAUGGUUUCGAAAGGGGAACGAAGUACCAGUUACUUCAAGGUGUUUGGUUAAAUUCACUAUUGGUAAUACUAUUGAUGAUGAAGUGUGGUGCGACGUCGUUCCCAUGGAUGCAUGUCAUAUCUUAUUAGGAAGACCUUGGUUGUUUGACAAAGACAUGAUUCACUACACUAAAGCCAACACCUAUGUAUUCCAUCAAGAUGGGAAGAAAUUGAGCUUGCAACCACUCAAAGAAGUGAACAACAAUCCUAAGGUAACCAAAGUCAGUGGGUUUUAA